UGCACCAACGGGCACCUGAUGUGCGCCGGCUGCUUCAUCCACCUGCUGGCGGACGCGCGGCUGAAGGAGGAGCAGGCCACGUGCCCCAACUGCCGCUGCGAGAUCAGCAAGAGCCUGUGCUGCCGCAACCUGGCCGUGGAGAAGGCGGUCAGCGAGCUGCCCUCCGAGUGCGGCUUCUGCGCCCAGCAGUUCCCCCGCUCCCUGCUCGAGAGGCACCAGAAGGAGGAGUGCCAGGACCGGGUGACCCAGUGCAAGUACAAGCGGAUCGGGUGCCCCUGGCAGGGCCCCUACCACGAGCUGACGGUGCACGAGGCCGAGUGCACCCACCCCACCAAGACGGGCAACGAGCUCAUGGAGAUCCUGGACGAGAUGGACCAAACGAGGAAGAAGGAGAUGCAGCUCUACGACAGCAUCUUCAGCCUGCUCAGCUUCGAGAAGAUCGGAUACACAGAGGUGCAGUUCCGCCCGUACCGCACGGACGACUUCAUCACGCGGCUCUACUACGAGACGCCGCGGCUCACCGUCCUCAACCAGACCUGGGUGCUCAAGGCGCGGGUCAACGACUCGGAGAGGAACCCCAACCUGUCGUGCAAGCGCACGCUCUCCUUCCAGCUCAUCCUCAAGAGCAAGAUCAACUCCCCCAUGGAAUGCUCCUUCCUGCUGCUCGAGGGGCCCUACGACGACGUCAAGAUCAACCCCGUCAUCUACCACUUCGUCUUCAGCAACGAGAACAACGAGACCGACUACAUGGCCCUGCCCAUCGUCGACUCGGUGGAGUGUAACAAACUGCUGGCGGCCAAAAACAUCAACCUCCGGCUUUUUAUAUUCCAAAUCCAAAAAUGAGACUGGGAAAACUAAAAAAAAAAAGGACCCCCUCGGAUCCUCCCUCCCCUUUUCCCUCCUCCCCUCCUCCUUCCUCCCUCCCUCCUCCUCCCGGUGGCGUUCGGUUGGGAAGCGGCGGAGAAACAGCGAGAAGGCGGCGAGAAGAGUUGGGGAAGCCCCGGUGGGGUGUCUUGGAACCGUCGAAAAUUGGGGAAGCCCAGUGGGAAUGGCUUGAAAUCGUCAAUAAAUGGCCUAAAAGUGACAAAAAAUGGUGAGAAACCAUCAAAAAGUGGGUUGAGACCGUGAAAAAAUGGCCUAAAAGUGACAGAAAAUGGUGAGAAACCAUCAAAAAGUAGGUUGAAACCACGAAAAAACGGCCUAAAAGUGACAAAAAUUGGCCUGAAACCAACAGAAAAUGGUGGGAAACCAAUGGGAAUGGCUUGAAAUCAUCAAUAAAUGGCUCAAAAGUGACAAAAAAUGGCCUAAAAGUGACAGAAAAUGGUGGGAAACCAUCAAAAAGUAGGUUGAGACCACGAAAAAAUGGCCUAAAAGUGACAAAAAAUUGGUGGGAAACCAUCAAAAAGUAGGUUGAGACCACGAAAAAAUGGCCUAAAAGCAACAGAAAAUGGUGAGAAACCAUCAAAAAGUGGGUUGAGACUGUGAAAAAAUGGCCUAAAAGCGACAGAAAAUGGUGGGAAACCAACGGGAAUGGCUUGAAAUUGUCAAUAAAUGGCUUGAAAGUGACAAAAAAAUGGCCUAAAAGUGACAGAAAAUGGUGGGAAACCAUCAAAAAGUAGGUUGAGACCACGAAAAAAUGGCCUAAAAGUGACAGAAAAUGGUGGGAACCCAAUGGGAAUGGCUUGAAAUCAUCAAUAAAUGGCCUAAAAGUGACAAAAAAUGGUGGGAAACCAUCAAAAAGUAGGUUGAGACCACGAAAAAAUGGCCUAAAAGUGACAAAAAUUGGCCUGAAACCAACAUAAAAUGGUGGGAACCCAAUGGGAAUGGCUUGAAAGCGUCAAUAAAUGGCCUAAAAGUGACAAAAAAUGGUGGGAAACCAUCAAAAAGUAGGUUGAGAUCAUGAAAAAAUGGCCUAAAAGUGACAAAAAAUUGUGGGAAACCAUCAAAAAGUGGGUUGAGACCGUGAAAAAAUGGCCUAAAAGUGACAAAAAAUGGUGAGAAACCAUCAAAAAGUAGGUUGAGACUGUGAAAAAAUGGCCUAAAAGUGACAAAAAUUGGCCUGAAACCAACAGAAAAUGGUGGGAACCCAAUGGGAAUGGCUUGAAAUCAUCAAUAAAUGGCUCAAAAGUGACAAAAAA